GAAAUAAAUCAAAAUGAAAUCAAUGACUAAGAAGAUAAGUUCAAUUCAGGCAGCAGCCAAAGCUAUUAUGAAUAACUCAGCAUCCACAAUCUCUGGAGGAGAUGCUGGAAAGCAGAGGAGAAAGGGGGAAAAGAUCUCGAAAAGGAUGGAUGCUCUAGAGACUACAAGCACAGCUUUUUCUGAUAGUGAUAAGUAUUCUUCCAAUGAGAGGUUGGACAGAAAAGUAGAAAAAGAAAUUAUCUCACCAGCAGACCAUCCAUUUAUAGCUUUGGAUAGAAGUCAGGAUGUCGAAAUGGAGUUUGAUUCUGACCAUUCUUUCGAUUCCCCCAUGGGACUCGAGCAAGAGUCGGUACAUUCGAAGGUAGCCUCUACUUACGGAACUAAACUGCUGCAAAAUCUGAUUAACAAACAGACCAAGUUAUAUGGUGAUUUCGGGAAACAUGAAAUAGAAAGCUCUCAUAGAAAGCAAAUGAUCAUCUGGAUGGAUGAGGUCCUAACCAUUUUUAGGUGACCAGCAGACACCUUCUUCUUGGCCUCUCAUAUUAUGGACAGAUAUUUGGAAGAAACUUCUGAGUUCCUAAAAUUAAAAGACCUUCAUGAGAUCGGAAUUGUUUGCAUGUUCAUUUCCAGUAAAUACCAGGAAGUAGACCCUCUCACUUUAGAUCUAAUGAUUGCGAAAGUUGCCCAUGGAAAACUCUCUUCUAAACAAUUAUUAGAUAGGGAGAGAAAAAUUGCCAGUUGCUUGAGGUUCAGGUUCCAGGUUCCAAACGUCUUCCACUUUUUGGAGGCUUAUUUAGAGAUCUAUUCACCCAAAUUCCUUUCUGAUGACAGUGUACUGUUAGAAGAAAACAUGAUAAAGAUUGCAAAGAAAUGCAUUCUAGAGAAAAGAAAGGCCUUCAACACUCUUCCCUCUAUACUCGCACUUUAUGUCCUACACAAAGCAUUAAGGAGCGUUUAUGAGUUAGACAAGAAGAAUGUUCUGAUCAAAGAAUUUAUGAAUUUGAUCAAGAACGAGUUAAGCUCUGAUGAAGAUCUGAGAUCCAACUGUACCAAAGGAGAUAAGAACUUUGCCUAAACUCCUUGCACAUCCAAGUGAGUAGUAGACUGAAAUCUACAUUUAGGAUACUAUGAGCAUAAUAGGCUAACAGUUGAGACGCCUUGAGAUCCUUUGAGGCAUCCAAACUUAGCACGCUCGCUCUUAGGAUAAUCUAAUUAAUAAAUAACUUACUCAGUAAAUCCAGUGUCUUAGGUUUUGCUUGCUGCUCAUUGGAUACAAUGCACGCUUAAGCGCUUGAUCUAUCGGCCAGAAAUCUUACUACUUACUGGCUAUUAGGUAAUCAGUAGCAAUUCCAAAUUUGGAAGUAUA